AUGGUGCCCCCACAGCCUUACCCAGGAGAGCAAGGUAAUUUUCCAGCUCCGCCUGGUUACCCAGCGCAGCCUGGCCACCCACAGCAGCCGUACCCGGCACUGUCUGGGCACCCAGUCCCCCAAAUACAGCUGUACCAAGAAAUGCGAGGACAAUGUAACACAACAGCAGUUGUAAUGCCGGUAAGAGUCUUACAAACCAUCAAAACAGCCGAUGUUUUCUUUCAAAGACCAACAGAUAGAGGUACCAGGCCAUGUAUUAUGGAACAAACACUGUGUCGAGUGCUGGUUUGAUACAACUUCGAAACUAUGAAUAAAUUCCUGAGGAAUUUUCAAAGCUAAACGUCGCCAAACUUUGUGGCACAAUCGAGGUUCGGUUCCAUACCUCCUUCGCAAGUGCUUUCCAAACACAAAAAUUCUGAUAAGUUUGUUUGAAGUUUUGGUGGUUUGUUUGGAAAAACCCGUUGUGAUGUACAUGUACGUAGAAUCCAAUAUAGAUACAAGUAGAAUGAGACAUAGAAGAUCAGCUUCAGCUAUUUUUUAAUAUAGAUAUAGGAAGACAUAACAAAAUUUAAUAUUUCACCUUUCUUCACUAGAAAGAGUAACUGUAACAGUUUGGUACUUUUUAUAUAGUAAGGAACUUAUUUCAUUUUUUUGUAUCAUUGUAUAGUCUAGUCAUGAAACCUUCAUCUUACGACCUGAGGCUCCUCGUCCACAGAAUUGGCGAACCUUGUCCAUUUUUAACCUUGUGUUCUGUCUUUCGCCAAUUAGUGUAGCUGCCUUUGUCUUCAGUAGCAAGGUAAGUAUGCCGUUUUUGAUCAUUUGCUGAAUCAAACCCAUGGAUAUACGACUUCUUUUUACGAAGUCAUUUAGAGGCAGAACCUUUUCUUUUUCAGUAGUUGCUUGUUUAUUUCUUAGACACGUUUACCCAAAAUUUGUCGAGAUUUGGUUGCAAAAUCUCAUAGAUAUAAUAUGGAACCAUUCCUUUAAGAGCCCAGCUAUUGUUUGGAGGGAAGCUAUUUUUUGGGGGAAAAGCAAGUUAUCCGCGCUUGAUUUCACCUCGAAUCCUUACUAAUCAUACAUGUAUGUUUUUUCCAGGUGGAUACCUCUUAUAUUGCCGGAGAUUACGAAGGAGCAAGACGAAACUCAAAAAUUUCUCUGUGUUUGA